CCUGCACAUGCCUGCUCCACACCGAGUCUGUCCUUUCCUUGGCAAUGGGAAAUCCAAAGGCGAAAGGAGACACAUUUGCCAGACACAGUGAAAGUCCUUGGAAACCCAUCCAGCUCCAGCCGACCACCGAUGCUCAGAGAUAGUGUGUUUGAAGCCUGCGAAGAAAGAAAUCACCAUCUCAUCAGCUGACAAGACUUUUAUAGUCCAUGUGAACUUUGAGCCUUGUCAAUGAAUUGCCCAAGUCCUAUCUGCUGAAGGCACAAUACAUGGGGUCCUCCAAAGUGAACGGCCGCAGCUGCUCAAUGGUGCCAGAAGACUCAGUCUCUCACUGUCACUGUCCCUCCCAGAAUGGAAUGGAAUUUCAAUGUUUUACCUUUAACCCAAAGGAAGGGAUCGACAAUCCAGCUCUCGUCAUAACUGAUGAUCCCGAGCCUGAUCCAGGCCCGGUGCCCAAACUAUGUCAGCUCAAACGUCUGGAGGGUCAGAGCUUUGGCUUCAAUUUGCACAUUGACCAGCACAGCCCAGGCUUCCGGAUCAGGGAUGUGGAAAUUUGGAGUCCGGCGGAGCACAGUGGCCUCAGGGAUGGAGACAGAUUGCUGGAGGUGAAUGAGAAGAGUGUGGAUGGCAUGGACUUUUAUCAGGUCGUGCGGAAAAUCCAAUCAUGUGGCUUACACCUGUUUCUCCUCGUGCUAAGAAAAGAUGAGUAUGAACAGGCAGCGUCAAAGGGUGAAGACCUCCAGUUGCUCGUCAAAGCCUACAAAGGAGAUUGCACAGCCAGACCAAAACUCUGUUAUAUAAAAAAACACCCCGAGCAUGGCCUUGGCAUGACCAUCCAAUCAGUGAACGGUCGGAAGGGUCAGUACACGGUCAGCACUGUUGCUGACGGGAUGGCCGAGAAAGCCGGCGUCUGCCACGGAGACAUCCUGACCUGGAUCAACGGAGUCUCAGCCUCAUCGCUCACAAACGCGUCCCUGAACAAAAUUGUGAAGAAGUGUCAGGACUCCGUCACGGUCCUGGUCGUCGACGGCAACAGUGAGCACUGCUACGCCAGGAGGAAGAUGCCCAUUCAUCCUGUGAUGGCAGAGAGCUUCUGCCUUCCUCACGCUGCUAAAACCAUGCACUUGGUGAAAAGACGGGAAGGUUACGGCUUUCUGCUGAGGCAGGAGAGGCUGGAAGGCCCACAAAAGAUAGCUCACGUUCUGAGGGAGGUGGACGCUGGGAGCGCCGCUGAGGAAACGGGGAUGACGGACGGAGAUCUGCUGCUCGCCGUCAACGGAGAGCCCGUGGAGUCCAUGGAGCACGACGACGUGGUCAAAAAGAUCAAAGGCAGCGGCGAUGAAGUCAUCCUCACCUCCAUUUCUAUGCAGGGGAGGAAGUAUUUCAGAGAGCUGGACAUUCCGCCCCUGUUGUUCAACGAGGAGUGUCUUCAACUCUGCCUCAACAGGCGGAGGGAUGCUGAGAACAGGGAAGGGACAGGUUCUGACUCAGACUCGGUUUGGGUGCCGGAUGACUCGGGAACCUCUGUCUUUCAGCUGUCAGAAAAUGACAAUGGAGUUUUCUUGUGAUGGAAAGGAUGUGUCCAGGGAGUGAGAGGCUGGAGCGCGAGUACUCAGGUUUGAAGAAAAGUGGUGAUUUCACUACAGAUAUGAUGAGACUCAAACUGAAGUUAAUGUUGGCUGUGUUCCAAUUGAAGGGUUUCCAAAAUGAUUACUGUUUAACUGUCCUCGUGAACUGUUCAGCGCAUCUAAAGAGAGAUAUUAACUAACGUCCUCUCUAUUUUGAUUGUAGUUUUGUCGCUUAGUCUCUGGCAGUGAACAAUCAGGAAUCACCUUUUAAUGUACUAUGUAUUCAUAACAGAUUAAUUAACAUCAGAAGAUAAAAGACUGAACAUUUUUCCUCUAAAAAAAAGCUUGUUACCAAAACCUACAUUGUUUUUUAAUUCCUCUUAGGUGGCUGUUAUCUCAGUUCAUAAGGCAAAUUAGAGAGUAAGGUAAAUUGAAGUAGUGGAGGCCAACUAAGUGGACAACUUGAAAGUUUUUGGAAAAGCAGAUAAAAUCCAUUGUUUGACUGAUGAAGCAGUCACAUUUUAGAAACCCAAUCUCUACAGAGGAAUAUGCUAAGAUAAGUUAUUCAUUUUUUACGUUUCUAGAGAUCAAACAAUCAUAAAAAUGUAACUUUGUUUUUUUUUUUGUUCUUUUUCUUAAAUCACCUCUCAAGUGAACCUGACAUUUUCCAUUGACCAACACCAAGUGGACACCUCCACAUAAGUCUGAUUUACUGUGCUGGGACAGGAUUACAUAGAUGCAUUUAUGUGCUGUUCUGUAAGUUUUAUUCAAAGUUAUAUCUGCUGAAAUUACCAAAGAAACAAAACAUUGCUCAGGACAACAAAAGUCCCACUGUUGCUAAAUUGUGGACAGUAUCACAUACGCUCUGGUCGUGAUCAAUGUGUGUUUAGACAUAAGUUGUAUCAAGAACUGAAUUGGAAAAUAAAGAAAAUGUUGAAAGAACUCUGUCUUAGAAAUAAAAAUAAAAAAAACUAAAUACAAGAGUGACCACAUGUAUCCUCGCUUAUGGAGUCAGUUCAUGAAAACGUUCUCCGAUCUGUUGACAGAUGCUGGCAGUAUGCGUUGUUUCUUUCUCCUCCGCUGAUAGAACAGUCCAUCUUGAGUGUGCUCCACUCGAAUACGUGUCACAUUCCCACAAACGCGUCGGGUUCGGCCAUUCCUCGAAGUGGAUCCAGCGUCCUUCUGAUGGUGACCGCUCCUCCUCUUGGACACAACAAAAAAAAAAACACAGUCCCGCUCUACAACAGCAGAGCGAAGCCAAAAGGGAAGCGGUUUCCCGGCAACAGGUCGACAGAUUAGUAACGGACAACACAUCUGUUCCAGCUGCAUGUUAACGUUUUUUUUAAUGAUAGGAUUUCAGGUCUUGUAUAUUUCAUUAAAAGGACUAAACCAAAACAUGUUCUUCUAAAGUCUUCUUCAUUCUUGCUUCCAAACUUUCAAACCGAAAUGAACUAAAUGACCUAAUAAUUGAACGCGAUCUGUACAUUUUUAACAUGUAGGAACUGAACAUCGCACAACGCCGUUUCUGGCAAAAUCGGCAACACUGAUUCAUCCUGUCGGGGCCACAUCAUGGUGUCAAAACCAUGUUUUGGUCAAAACAGGUCCUUCAUACAAAGCUCUGAUUGUUCUAAUCUGGAAGUAAGAAUGAGCAGUCUUCUAACUCUUGGUCACUUGUAUGACUUUAUGAUAGAAAUGCUUAAUAAAUUACUAUUUUCCAGGUGGAUAUUUUUGGCAUUAUUACAAAGGGGCAGUGUGUUUUCGUAAAUGAAUAUAAAACUUUAAAGACACAUUCAAGUGUUUAAAUUGGACCUAGUUAUGAAUUUAGAAAUGCAGGGAGACAAACAGCAAGGUUACUAAGAUCAGGAGGUAGAGACCAAAAACGGCAAAUCUUUUAUAUACAUAUUCACACAGUGUUGCUGUGAUGAAAAAUAAACGAUAACAAAAAUUGUUUCUCGAAAAACUCUGCUGUACACAGGUUACAAUUAAAAUUACUCUGUAUUCAGUAGAUUGUCAUAGGAUUUGCUGUCCCCUACACAUCGAAGUUACAGAUCCAAAAUUUAAAUAUAUACAUUUGUAUGUAAGUUUUAAAAAUAAAAACGAUAUUCACAGCCUCUGAAAUGUGCAGGCUAAUACAAUUUCUAUACAGUGCCAUAAUAUUUUUUUUUUUUUAGGUUGGUGUGUUGAUUUACUUCUCUAUAUAACAUAUAUACAUAAUUGCUGUUUGAUAAAGACAAAGGCAUAUGUACACAGUCGUUGUUUGAGAGAGACGAAUGCAUGCUACAUGACACGAGAACAGGAACAGAAAACAACUGUAAAUAUAUAUUAAAUAAUUUACUUCAAAUGCCUAUUUCUCUGGAGACACUGGACAUGAAGAUGGGGGACACACACAAUGAAACCAUUUCAGAAAACCCAGAGAGAGAGAAAUAGAUAGAAAGAGAGAGAAAGAUAGAGAUAGAUAGAUAGAUA